UUUUACGUACUUCCGGUGCCCCUCCCGAGACCCCAGCCUGCGAUAGGGGCUUUUAGUUCUUGUGGGCUCUGGGAGAGCGCUGCGUUUCGGCUGUGUGGUCGUGCCGCCUUCCUGUCUGGACGCUAUGGGAGUGACCUGUGUGUCCCAGAUGCCUGUGGCCGAGGGCAAGAGUGUCCAGCAGACCGUGGAGCUCCUCACCCGAAAAUUGGAGAUGCUUGGGGCAGAGAAGCAAGGAACAUUUUGUGUGGAUUGUGAGACUUAUCAUACAGCUGCCUCUACCCUUGGAAGCCAAGGUCAGGCCGGGAAGCUGAUGUAUGUCAUGCACAACUCGGAGUACCCGUUGAGCUGCUUCGCCCUCUUUGAGAAUGGCCCUUGCCUUAUUGCUGACACCAACUUUGAUGUGCUCAUGGUGAAGCUCAAGGGCUUUUUCCAGAGUGCCAAGGCCAGCAAGAUUGAGACUCGGGGCACCCGUUACCAGUACUGUGACUUCCUGGUGAAGGUGGGCACUGUGACAAUGGGUCCCAGUGCCCGGGGCAUCUCUGUGGAGGUGGAGUACGGCCCCUGCGUGGUAGCUAGUGACUGCUGGAGCCUGCUGCUUGAGUUCCUACAGAGUUUCCUGGGCAGCCAUACACCAGGGAUUCCUGCAGUGUUUGGAAACAGACACGACGCAGUCUAUGGCCCAGCAGACACCAUGGUCCAGUACAUGGAACUCUUCAACAAGAUCCGCAAGCAGCAGCAGGUGCCGGUGGCUGGGAUUCGUUAGUGGCUGGCAGCUGCUGGCCGAGCUUUGUCACCAGAGGUACUCUACAGGAGGAGGUGCUGCCCUCAGGUCUCUGGACCCCAGAAAUCUAGGGCAGCCAUGGAGGCCUCUCUUCCUUUCCAGUUCCCAGCUGUGGCCUUUGUGGGGACUCUGGACUCCCCACCCUUGACCCUCACACAGCCCCCCAACAGCCAUUUUGCCCCAGGCCUCACUGGAUUUGGCCUGUCCUCAGGAAUGUUAUUUAUGAAGACUGGAGAAGUUUGGACCUCUCCUGCUUUAGGAGAAGAGGUAGGACAGGGGAAGUGUUGAUGGGGAAAUCAGGUGGACCCACAGCAGACAUGCUGCGUUUCGUGUUUGGGCCAUGCAGGAAUAAAAAUCUCUUCCUUAACUCAAAGGAUGUGGCUGGGGCUGUGUCCUGGAGAUGGAGGCAGACGCACAGCUUGUUUGAUGCCUGUCAUUUUCUGACCUGUUUGCCGGAAACUGUGAAUUGACUUUCCUAGGGUGUUAGCUGAGUCUUUUGAGCUCUCCUGUUGACGUCUUUCCCUUCUGUCGUGAUUAUGUUAAGCCACAGGCUGAACUCUGUUGUAUGGAGAACCAAAAGGACUGUGGCUCUUACUAGGUCAAAGUUUCUUUCUCUCUCCUCUGCUAGUACACAGGUAAUCAGAUGGCCCAGAGCAGAUUUAACUGUACCAGGUCAUCAGGAACUUGUUUUCCUUCUAACUUGUUGUUCAGCUAUCCCUAGGAUGUUAUCCUUACUCACAAGAUCAAAGCAGACUCCUCGGUUCUGUGUCCACAUUCCCCUGGGAAAGAGGGAAGAGAGCGGCUUCUUUUUUAGAGCAUGUGACCUGGAGCGAUUCAAGUGCUGGUGCCACACUUAGCUGGAAGGCUACGCUGCGACGUGGAACCUUGCAUCUGGGUCGUCAUGAGCCCAGUUAAAACUAAAAGAUGAAGGAGAAUAUGGAUAGGGGGACCCAGUUAGUGGGUUUUUGCUGUGUGGAGCUCCCUAGAUACAUCCAGGAAUGCCCUUUGACAGUGCUUUUUAUGGAACGAAGGCCUUUGGUCUGAGGUGACUCGGAGUGAGGGCUGAUCCAGAGGCGCUGUGAGCUUAGCUGGACAAGUCACACUAGGAAGUCAGCUCUGCAUCCCUCACCAAAUUCGGCCUUCCUGGUUCUCAUGCACCUGCAGCUCAGGGUUAGGACAGUUGACCCUGAUGCAGGUGAUGCAGUGUAUUUCUUAAAUAGUUCCACAGAUACGGCACCCCUAGCAAAGUUGACUAAACUGAACUUGUAACUGUUGGGAAGGGCCCAGAUGUCACCUAGCUUUUGUGUACAUGUCUGAAGGGGACUUUCAAGACUAGUUAUGGGUAUAAUAGUGUAUAAUUUUUGGAAGUUCAGGUUGAAUCAAAGUUGAAGUUGAGGACUAUUUAUAUGAAUUUAAGGAAAAAGUCAUUACAAUUAUGUAAUAAAUGAUAUUUUUUUAAUAUUUUUUUUCUUAAGAUUUAUUUAUUUAUUUGAAAGGCAGAGUUACAGAGAGACAGAGGCAGGAGAGUCUUCCAUCCACUGGUUAAUUUCCCAGAUGGCCGCAACAGCGCCUAUCUGAACCCAAGAUCCAGGAGCUUCUUCAGGGUGUUCCACAUGGGUGCAGGGGCCCAAGGACUUGGGCCAUCUUCCACUGCUAUCCCAGGCCACAGCAGAGAGCUGCAUCAGAAGUGGAGCAACGGGAUUCGAACCAGUGUCCAUAUGGGAUGCCAGCACUCAGGUAGCAGCUUUACCCACUAUGCCACAGCACCGGCACCUAUCUUUUUUAAACUUUUUUUUUUUUUUUUUUUUUACAGGCAGAGUGGACAGUGAGAGAGAGAGACAGAGAGAAAGGUCUUCCUUUUCCGUUGGUUCACCCUCCAAUGCCCGCCAUGGCUGGCACGCUGCGGCUGGCGCACCGCAGUGAUCCAAAGGCAGGAGCCAGGUGCUUAUCCUGGUCUCCCAUGGGGUACAGGGCCCAAGCACUUGGGCCAUCCUCCACUGCACUCCUGGGCCACAGCAGAGAGCUGGCCUGGAAGAGGGGCAACCAGGACAGAAUCCAGCGCCCCGACCAGGACUAGAACCCAGUGUGCCGGCGCCGCGAGGCGGAGGAUUAGCCUAUUGAGCCGCGGCGCCGGCCUUAAACUUUAUUUAUUUGAAAGGCAGAGCAAGGUGGGGAAGCGAGAGAGAGAAGCCUCUGUCUGCUGGUACACUCCUCAAAUGGCUGACUGAGGUUGGUCCAGGCUAAAGCCAGGAGCCUAGAACUCCAUCCAGAUCUCUCAUGUAGGUGGCAGGGAUCUAAGCACUUGGACCAUCUUCUGCUGCUUUCCCAGGCAAAUUAACAGGGAGUUGGACUGGAAGCAGAGCUGCCAGGACUGUAACUGGCAUUCUGAUAAUGGGAUGCUGGUGUGACAAGCAACAGCUUAGCCCACUGUGCCACAAUGCUGGCCCCUAAAUAAAAUAGAUUUUUGUUUUUUAAAAAAUAUUUAUUUUAUUUGAAAGGCAGUGUUACAGAGAGAGAGGGAGAGACAGAGAGCAGGAGAUCUUCUGUCCGCUGGUUUACUCUCCAGAUAGCCACAACAGCCAAGAAUGGGCCAGGCCAAAGCCAGGAGCCAGGAGCUUCUUUCAGGUCUCCCAUGUGGGUGGCAGGGGCCCAAGCACUUGGACAUCUUCUGCUUUCCCAGGCCAUUAGCAGGGAGCUGGAUUGAAAGUGGAACAGGCAGGAAUUGAACAGCUGUCUAUAUGGGAUGCCAGCAUUGCAGUCAGCAGCUUAACCCACUACACCACAGUGCUGGUCCACAUAUCUUAAAAUCAGCUAGUGAGUGGAGAUGCAUAUCUUUUGAUUAAAAUCUUAUCUUCUAUCUUCUACAUCAGACUGUGUUUCUCAGGAGCAGGGUAAGGUUUUUCUGUUUGUUCUUUGUUUUUAAUCCUUUUCAAGAGAUUUAUUAAGUUAUGGUUCAGGUGAUACAUGCAAGUGACUGAGUCUGUGCAACUGGAAAGCAAAUGCUGGCAUCUUAUCUUCUAUCUUCUACAUCAGACUGUGUUUCUCAGGAGCAGGGUAAGGUUUUUCUGUUUGUUCUUUGUUUUUAAUCCUUUUCAAGAGAUUUAUUAAGUUAUGGUUCAGGUGAUACAUGCAAGUGACUGAGUCUGUGCAACUGGAAAGCAAAUGCUGGCAGCCAUUCUAGUCCAAUUUGUAUUUAGUCUGUUUCUUGCAUCAUUGAUUGCUCCUGUCCUGGCUGGUUCCUGGUGUGCUCUGAUUCUCUCUACCCUGUUCCCAUCCUGCCUCCCCCAGGAUUCCCUCAGAUAAUUGAGUACCAGGUAAUCACAUUUCCCCCACCAACUAUCGAUGUCACUGCCACGCUGAAGGAAAUGCCUAGAGACUGACCAUUCCUUCCAGUCACCAGAUCUGCCCUGACCCAGCUUGCCCUGAAGCUUCAGGAUAAGGUGAUUGGUGGAAUUUUUCUAGCACUGGAGAGUAAGGGAAGAGGCUAGAAAUCCUCACCUGGGCACAUGUUCCAAGCAUCAAAAAUCUCCCUCUUUAAAACACUAGUAUAUGGCAGGCCAGGUGACUGGACAUUCGAAGGACGCUGACAGUGUAGAGCCCGGCAGUACUGAUGGAGGCCCUUGCUGUCUAUCUCCUGUCCACACCUGUAACUGUCAACUUUGCCUUGCACUUGCCACAGCCUCCCUCUCCAACUCUGUUGCUCACUGGGCAUCUGAGGUGACCAGCCCCAAACACUACUGCCUGUGGGAUGGCUGCAGCUGCUUGUGUCAGACAGCUGGGGGUUUGAUGUCUUUGGCCUGUGAGCACUCAGUUAUGGAAGUGGGCUUUUCCCCAAGGUGAGUCUCCACCGUUGCUCAUGGAGGGAGUGUGAGUUGUGUUCAUGCUGGGAUGUAAGAAGACUAGGAUUGUAAAGCAGCAGACCUUAACCUCACUAACAAUCAGCUCCAGAAGAGAGCCUCAGGAGCCUGAAAAGCCUGGAGAGUGGACGUGGAAUUUUGUGUGUAUGUGCAGUUUUUUGGGGGAAUGGGAUUUAUAGGUUUCAUUACAAUAUCUCAAAUAUCUGCAAUCCAAAAAAGAGUCCCUAAAGAGAGAACAGGUCCUGAAAAGGAAACAGCAGAAAGACAGAGUUAAGCAGAUUUGAAAUCAGUCCAGUUGGCUUCUGAGCAAGAUUUUCUCUUGCCUUUUAUUUAAAAAAAAAUUUUUUUUUUUUAAUUGUGGCUUAGUGGGUUAAGCCAUUGGCUACAGUGCUGGCAUCCCAUUUGGAUGAUGAUUCAUGUCCCAGCUGUUUUACUUCCAAUCCAGCUCUCUGCUAGUGCACCUGGGAAAGCAACAGAAGAUGGCUCAAGUGUUUGGGCCCCUGGCACACAUGUGAAAGAAGAUUCUGGCUCCUGGCUUUAGCUCAUAUAGCCCCAGCUGUAGCAGCCAUUUGUGGAGUGAACCAGCAGAUGGAAGCUCUCUGUCUUCCUUUCUCUUUCUCUAAUUCUGCCUUUCAAAUAAAUUUUAAAAACUUAAAGAUAAUUUUUUAAAGUUUUAUUUGAAAGGCAGCAUGACAGUGAGAGGAGACACAGAGACAGAGAAAUCUUCUAUUCAUUGGUUCACUCCACAAAUGCCCACAAGAGCUGGGGCUGGGCUAGGCUGCAGCCAGGAGCCCAGAAGAGUCCCUCAAGUGGGUGGCAGGGACCUAAGCACCUCAGCCAUCAGCCACUGCCUGUGUUAGCAGGAAGCUGGAUUGGAAGUACAGAGGGACUCAGACUGACACUCCAGCAAGGGAUGCAGGUGUCCACAGCAGCGGCCUAUCUGCUGUAUCUCAACACCCAUCACUCCUCUUCCUGCUAGACCCUGUAUGUGGGCUUUAGGCAGGAGAUGCCUGUCUGCGUUUUAUAAUCAGUCCCUCAGGCCUGUCAGAUGGUUUCUGGGAAGAUGCCCUCUGCUUGCUCCUUCCUUUUAGAAAUGGGUAGCAGUAAAUAUGUAUAACUCUCAUAGUUUGCUUUGAGGCCUCAGUUACUCUUCCAUUCUGACACAUUCCAUGGGAUCUGAAAAUUAUUCUGUUGCAAUAGAAUUUGAUAGAAGUAUAUAUUUUUAUUUUUCAGACUAGGUGAUUGAUGGCAAAGAAAUAGUUCUGUGCUUCUUUGAAUUAGCAAAUUAAAAAAAUUCUUGGAACUACUACAGCAGAUUCCUAACUCUUUUUUUAAACAAAAUUUAUUUGAGAGGUAAAGUUACACACAGAGGUCUUCCAUCCACUGGUUCACUCUCCAAAUGGCCACAACAGCCAGAGCUAGGCCAGUUGGAAGCCAGAGGCCCGGAGCUUCUCCGAGUCUGCCACGUGGGUGCAGGACUCCAAGCACCUAGGCCAUCUUCCACUGCUUUCUCAGGCCAUUAGCAGGGAGCUGGAUUGAAAAGUGGAGCAGCCAGGACUCAAACCAGUGCCCAUGAGGGAUGCUGGAGCCACAGGCGGAGGCUUAACCUACUAUGCCACAGCACCGGCCCCUCUAAUUCUUUUGCAUUCCUUAUUCCAUUGCCCAACACAUCCGUGCCCAUCAGAUAGCAUAGAACAAUUUAAGGGUAAUAUAUGUUCUGAAUUCUCUGUGGAAGCUUUAAAAAAGGAGAAUUUAGGUACCACAUUUAUAUAACCUACGUUGUUCAGAAGCCAGAAUUCACUAUUGGAAAUCAUUUGUCAUGUAGGAAAGGGGAGACUGGUUAUGUGGAGGUGGUAGUUGUACUGAGGCAGCCUGCAAAAGGAACGGAAACACUGCUUUAGGAGAACAGGUGGCUGCAUGACAGCCAUAGCAUUGGCCCAAACUUGCCAGGUAACUGCAAUCAAGUUGGCUCCUCUGGGUCUCAUCAGUGUAGUGGGAAUAAUGAUGCUGCCUUCUGUAUAUCCUAGGGUUAAGGAGAAUAGAUACAAAGAGUGCUUUGUAAACAAGGAGAUGCCCUCUCUGCUCUUGUGUCUUUUUAAUGGUACUGGAGAUAGUAGUGUUUGGUUAGAACAUUUAAGAUGGCAGGUUCUGGGGCCGGCGCUGUGGCAUAGCGGGUAAAGCUGCCACCUGCAGUGCCAGCAUCUCAUAUGGGCACCGGUUCGAGACCCAGCUGCUCCACUUCUGAUACAGUUUUCUGCUAUGGCCUGGGAAAGCAGUAGAAUAUGGCCCAAGCCCUUGGGCCCCUGCAAAUGUGUGGGAGAUGCGGAAGAAGCUCCUGGCUUUGGAUUGGUGCAGCUCCAGCCAUUGCAGCCAGUUGGGGAGUGAACCAGCGGAUGGAAGACCUCUCUUGCUUCCUCUCCUUCUCUCUCUGUGUAACUCUGACUUCUGAUUUUCAAGCAAAAUAAAUUAAAAAAAAAAAAAAAAAGAUGGCAGGUUC